AGAGAGAGAGAGAGAGAGAAAGAAGGGAUGGACAGUAGGGGAGGUUGCUGCAUCGCACGGUACUCCGGAAAUCCAUACGAAAAAUCGAAGGUCGACCGGAUAAUGCUUAGGUAUCGGCCGAUCGCACCCAAGCCGGUUGCCGGAGGAGGUGUUACGGGCAGUUAUACACCGGAGAAUAACGAAAGCGUGUUUAGGGGUGGGAGAACGAAGAGACGGUACGUGAGAGAUAAUAAUAACAAAAGAUGCAACCGUAGGAGAAAAGUCUUUACGGAAGAGAGAAAGGAUGGUUUAAAUGAUACUACCGUGGUAACGCUCUUACCGCUUUUGCCUGAGAUGCCUGAUCGGAAAGAUAUACCGGCAAGGAACUCCCCGCCAGAUCUGAAAGCAGCUCCGAUCUGGCUGGGGGAAGAGAGUAAGGUGGUGAUGCCGCAACCGGUAAGGCCGGUAGGGUCGUUGGUGACGGUGGAGAGGGUGACGGAGGUGUAUGUGGAUGGGGAAGAUCUAGGGAGUACGGAUGAGGAGAGGAAGAAGAAUCUGAAGAGGGACACCUGUCCUGGUUUUAUAUCCAACGGUUUAAACAUGGUGGAGUGGACAAACGAGGCGUAUAAGAGGAUGAUCGGGGAAGGGGAAUCACGACCGGAGAUGGUGUGGUUGGUGACGAAGGAAAGGCUGCCUCUGACUUGUCCGGCGUUUGCAUGUCUAGUGAGGUUGCAGUAUACGUGUCGUAAAGAGAAGCACUCUCUGACGGUUCCUUGUGACGUGUGGCGGCGAAUGGACGGUGGUGGUUUUGCAUGGAGGUUGGACGUGAAGGCUGCACUCAGUUUGGGUCGAUAAAUCU